AUGACUGCAUCGUCCCAGAUCCCCGUUCCUGCCCAUACGCUCGCGGAAUCAAUGUUAUCGCGACGCUUCGGCCGGGAAACGGUGAACUAUUUCUCCAGCUCCCCAAUCAACCGCUUAUCUUUCUUGCGUGAUGAUCACCCAUUUAUCUCCACGGCCCUGAAGCACCCGUUCACGCAAUUCGUUCUGUUAAACAACCUCGCUCCGCUUACCCGGUCCCCCGCCGAGUUAUACUACGCCAAGUAUGAUGAGCUUCGCAAGCUUAUCCCGCAGGAUAUCUAUGAUCAAUCUGAAGAAGACAUGAUCAAGGAUUUUGACUCGCGGAAGAUUAACCCGAGCUUGAUCUUCCUCGGUCUGGACGAGAGCCGUAAAGAGAAUAGCCUGUCUUAUAAGAUCUACUCCGGAGUCCCAUUCUUCGCUGUCGAUAUUACUCCCAAGGGCUCGGAAGAGCAACAGGCCGCUGCAAAAGAUGUGAUCAGCGCAAUGGAGGCAAAGGGACUGUCGUUCUAUCAGGCAAGAGUUGUGUCAACUUUUACUGCUGAUGAAGCCGCUAUUUACGCGCAGUCCCGUGCCCUGGUUGAUUGGAACAACCGCAACACCUACUGCGGUACCUGUGGAAAUCCCACUCUCUCCGUCAAUGCAGGAACCAAACGUGCCUGCCCACCCACAGACGCCGCACGCACCGCGCAAGGCCAAUCUGCGGACCGUUCCGCCUGCACGACCCGCACCACUCUCUCAAACCUGUCUUUCCCUCGCACUGAUCCCACCAUCAUCGUGGCAGUUCUCUCUGCGGAUGGUAAGCGUGUUCUCCUGGGCCGGUCAAAGCGCUACCCGCCAGGUUGGUACUCCACACUGGCCGGAUUUAUCGAGCCGGCGGAGUCGAUUGAGGAUGCCGUGCGUCGUGAGGUCUGGGAAGAAGCUGGUGUGACGCUCUCGCGAGUCGUGAUCCAUUCAUCGCAGCCAUGGCCUUAUCCCGCAAACUUGAUGAUUGGUGCCAUUGCGCAGGUGAGCGAGCCUGCCCAUGAGAAGAUUCACUUGGAACAUGACCCCGAGCUGGAAGAUGCUCGGUGGUUCGAUGCCGAGGAAGUGCAGGAAGCGCUUCGUAUUGGAACUAGUGAUCUGAGCAGUCCCGCUGGACCCGAUUAUAAGGGUGGAUUGAGACUGCCGCCGCCUACGGCAAUUGCGAACCAGUUGAUUCAAGCGGCUGUCAGUAAGGACUAUUUCAAUCCCGAGGAAAAGACAUCUAAGAUGUGA